UAUUUUCCUGUAUUAGGUUUUAUAUUUGCAUGACUUGAAAUCUAUAGAGCUGAUUUUGUGUUUCCUCUCUGCAGAUAAGUCCUGCUUCGAGACUUUGUUCAACCAUGUGGACAUGCAUGAAAUCCUCAGACAUCUACCAGUUUGUCAUGUUGAAGCUCCUGGACAACAUGAAGCAGCCAAAACUCUGCCCACUGCGUACACCUACCCCACCAUGGACCAGCUGUCCGAGGCUCUGCCUGCUGUCCUCAAACACUUUGGGUUGCGGAGUGUGAUCGGUUUGGGAGUGGGAGCAGGAGCUUACAUCCUGGCGAGAUUCGCUCUGAAUCACCCUGAUCUGGUCGAUGGAUUAGUUCUCAUCAACAUCAACCCCAACGCUGAUGGAAUAAUGGACACGGUGGCAAACAAGAUCACUGGAUGGACCCACACUCUGCCGGACUCAGUCAUCACACACCUCUUUGGAAAGGAGGAGAUCCAGACCAACCACGACCUGAUAGCGACCUACCGCCACCACGUCACCGCCACCAUGAACCAGGCCAACGUCAGCCAGUUCUUCCGCUCGUACAACAGCCGCGGAGCUCUGGAGGUGGAGAGGCCGGUUCCUGGAGGAAACAUCAACGUCAGGACGCUCAAGUGCCCCACUCUGCUGCUGGUGGGGGAUAACUCUCCUGCUGUGGAGGCUGUAGUCGACUGCAACUCCAAACUCAACCCCACCAAGACCACACUGCUCAAGAUGGCCGACUGUGGAGGACUUCCUCAGGUGGAUCAGCCAGCCAAAGUCAUCGAAGCCUUCAAAUACUUCAUCCAGGGCAUGGGAUACUUGUCCAGCGCCAGUAUGACCAGACUCCGCUCCCGGACGACCUCCAGCUCCAGCAUUUCCUCCUUCGACGGCCCUCGUAGUCGCGCUCACACCAACGACAUGCAGCGAGGCCGGACACAGUCCCACGGUCCCGAGGACAAACGCGGACGCUCGCACACCGACGUCUCCAUGGAGAGCCUCUCCAGCUCCCACCAGAACAUCUCAAAGACCACGGAGAUGGCCUGUUAGCUCCUCUGAAUCCAAGCACUUCAUUCAAAUCAUACCUCACUAUAUGAACCCAUCUGUAUCCUCUCUACCCAUCUUCACUCAUCAUGCCCUUUAAUCUGCACUAUCUCCACCUGAGAUCAUACAGUAGGCGAGACUUUACUCCUUUAUCUCCCUCUGUGUUCCUAUUUAUUUAACCCUCUUAUAUUGUCUCUUCCUUGUAUUUUUCUUGUCUCUUUGUUCUGCUCUAAAGUGUUAUUGUGUGUCUCUAUUUCUGUAUCAUUUAUUCUCUUCUGAAGUGAUAUUAAAUUAUAUGAGAGAACUGAAAGCUGUCGCAUGUUUAUCUAUAACUCGGAUGUCAUGAAUGAAGAGUCUAAUGAUGCAGUGUUUCCUGGUAAAAGCUGCUUGUUCAUAUCUGUAGGAAUAUGUAUUGACUGUAUGCAACUAUGACAGCUGUGUAUUAUUGACUGCAGGAGUGUGUGAUGGACAUUUCAGCUCAUAAAAUGCUUGAAAUUUAGCAAUUACCUGUGAAAU